CCAAAAUCGCAGCAGCAGGACUUGCUGAGAUAGCUGGGGCUUGGAGGUGUCUGGGAAGGUCCUUAGGCUGAAGGAGGCGAAGGGAAUGGCUUUGCAUAGAAAAUAAGAGUGCAGGAGGUAAGGAUACUCCUCAGGUUAGCACAGGGGAAGACGUGGGGGGACGAACCUUCCCUGCAGAGGCAGACAUUCUGCAGUGAAAGGCAAUGGAGCCAAACCAGGUCUAUAGUGCACGAUUGGUGUAAAACAAAGCUUCUGUUGUUUUGGGGCUUGCCCGUGCUGGGGAAGGCUCAGCGGGCCCUGGAGUGAGCUGCCCUGGCCCUGUGGCACCAGGUCGCUGGCAGCUCCUGGGGGCUGCUGUGGGACUCGUGUGCCUCGGACACCUCGGGAGCACAGAGCCUUGCUUCAUCACUAACGUAACACGAUGGCAGCGAGAGCAAGGUGGCAGGUUUUAAUUAGGGUUUCCUUUUGUCUCCUGUUUUCUCGCUCUCUCCUUUUUUUUUUUAUUUUUUAUUUUGUCUUGUUUUUCAUUUUCCCUUCUGUUUGACACUGAACUGAAGGGAUUGAAGGCCAAGGGGAAGGAAGUGACAUUCCCCGAGUUCACUUUCAGUGCUUGGGGAUGUGCUGGGUAACACAUCUGCCCAUGCUCUGCGAGGAAAACGCGCUGCAGAGCAGUGUGAUCCACUGUGGGUGCCUCACCAGGGGCUGUUGCACAGGGACUGGACGUGCAGCAGACUCAUUCUGGAGUAAAACUGUAAAAACGUGGGAGCAGCCAGCGCUCAGAGCAGGUGCCGCGGCCAUCCCAGGCACACGGGCACAAUACGCACCUCCUGCACCAGGGCUUGGCUGCUUUGAGAGCUGAGUUUCCAGCCCUUUGCAGGUUUUCUGCAACCAUCUGAACCUUUUGUGCGGCUCCCCUUGCCUCAGUUUCCUGUCUGUCAGUCCUUCACUGGUGACUCUCCUGGCUUUGUGCAAGGGGGUGAUUGCAGCAACAGCCACCGGUAAAGAAAGCGAAGCGAUCCCUUUCAAAGGAGAGCUGUUGAGAUCCACGAGGGACCUUCAAACCAAGGCUCCCAGUGCAAAAGCAACGCAGGAGAUGAGGUUAAAAUGAAACAAGAGCUUUGGAGAGCCGGCAGGGAUGCAGAUGAUCUGCCUGAAAGGAAGGGCUAGAAAAUGCCUCCUUGCUCAUGGAAAGCAGAAUCUCGAGGAAGCCUCCAGUGGGAGUGUGAGUGAAGAUUUCACAACCUGGUCCCCAACAGGAAGAGCAGGCUGGCUGCCUGCUGCCUGGGUGUUUCUGAGCCGCCAAAGAUAAGGGAGGGAGAUGAAGUGCUGAACUUCUGACAACACGACGCAGAGUCGCCGAAGGAGAGGUUAUCAGCAUGGCCUACAAAAGCCAAGCUGGUGGAAUUGAGAAAAACGGGUCCCUUUCCUCCAUCUUCUACUGCAAGAGCGAUUUAAAGGAAGGAUCCCUGCAGUGGGCGAAAGGUUUCAGAUGCAUCUACUCUUCCCUUCUGGAGCCGAUGCUGUCACGCCCUUUCGUAAUGCAAUUGCCUCAUUUUAUUUGGCAUCUCCCAUUCCCGAGCAGUGAAGAGAUGAUGAAGAUGGAAGACGAAAGCAGGAGAGAAGGGAAGGACCCCCCCAAUGGGCAGGUGCUCAUGGUGCUCAGUAUGGACAAUAACUGCUCGGCCACCUCCUUCGACAUGGAGCUUUGUGCAGAGAAGCUGAAGUCCCUCGGGGUUCAGGUGGCAGCAGACGAGUGGAGGACGUUAAUCCAGGAGGCCAUCCUGAAGCCCGAAGUGAGGCGGUACAUGUUCUACAACUCCAGGGCGUUCCAGAUCGCCAUCGCUGUGAUCUUCUACGUGUCUCUCUGGACAAACAUUUACUCCACAGUCCAGCUGUGCUCCUUUGGGCGCUACUGGGAGGCCAGUGUGCUGGUGACCCUGGCUGCUGUGGCCAUCACCGUGGUCGUGAUACUGGUCCUUGACCGGCGCCAGAGGAAGAUAAAUAUGAAUACAGAUGUGAGGCUGGCCGCUGUCAAUGAAUUCUUUAUCAAACACAGUUUAAUUCUGGGGAUUACAGAUGUCCUGGACGGGCCACACAGCAUCCUACAACUGUGGUUUGUGCACUUCAGCCCCGAGCGCUGCCUCCAGUCCUUGUCAGCCCACCUCGAGGAGCUGCGGCAGACACGGGAGUCGGGCUUGCGGCACAGCCUGGACCAGCUCUGCGUGGUGAUGGAGGCGGCGGUUCAGCCCGAGCCGGCAGCGGAGGAGGCUUCGUGCGAGGAGUCCCCUCUCCUAUCCAAUGGGGUGAACUUCAAGAAGGAGCCCGUGAUGUGCAACCAGCUACUCCGCCUCAUUCCCGAGGGCCCACCAGAGGUGAUGGCCCAGCAGCUCCUGGUCAUCUUCAGCGGCUGCUAUGUCCGGCUCCUGGUCAGCGGCCGGCUCCCCCCGACCACAGCAGCCGGGCACGUGGAGCCCAGCAGCGUGCCCUGCCUGUGCCAGUUCAUCCAGAGCGCCGCGCUCAGCACGCAGCAGUGCUGCCUCCCGGGCAGGUGACCCCUGGGGGCUGCAGGAAGCCAAAACACAGGCUGCCCGCACACAGCAGUGAGGAGAAGCAGAGGAGAGGGCUGUAAGCCCCAUCCUGGACUUAUUGGGGUGAACGAGUGGAACUCUAAUAAACAUGCAAUCAGAAAGCUGCUGCCUUUGAACCCUGCUGGCCUGGCCCCAAGCUCUGCCUGGAGGAGCUGCUUUGGGUGCCAGGAACGAUCGUGCAGCAGCUCAAAGCACCCUUGGGUGGCCCCUGCUGUGACCCAGGGGUCUGGGAGAGCAGCAGGGAACAGCUGGAGACGGCAGCCCCACACUGGAGUGGUGCAGUUCAUGGGCUCUUUGGAAGAAGGACAGGGAAUACCUGUGCAUUACAAAUGUGGCGUCUGCUCCAGAUUUGGAUUGUGGCAUGAAUUGUUGGUGACAGGGAGCUCUGUCCUGUGCCAGGCGCUGCCAAGUUGGUGGCUGAGACCUCGUCCAAGUUGCCAUUCAGGGGCCAGCUUGGGGCAGUGCCCAGUGACUGCCACCUCUGCAAGCUCCUCAGGGAUGAGGUGCUGGACGUUUGACAAUCCAUGGAAUUAGGCCUUAAAAAAGGCCCGCUGUAGGGCAGCCUGGGGCAU